AUGGAUGAUUCUUCUCCAUGUCCUGGUCGCUCUACGUUUGGGUGGUUGGUGGGAGCAUCACAGGUUCUGGGUCUGGCUUCUGUAGUGCUGACCGGUGUAUGGAUGGGUCAAUACCAUGGAGGCUUUGCUUGGGAUGGCUCAGCGCAGGAGUUCAACCUGCACCCUCUUUGCAUGGUGCUGGGACUGGUCUUCCUGCAGGGCGACGCCAUUCUGGUCUACAGAGUAUUUCGCAAUGAGUCGAAGAGAAAUGUAAAGGUUCUUCAUGGCAUCAUUCACCUGCUUGCUCUUAUCAUCAGCAUCAUAGGUUUUGCAGCUGUGUUUGAUUUCCACAGAGCAGCAAAGAUUCCAGACAUGUACUCUCUUCACAGCUGGUGUGGCAUGGCCACCUUAGUCCUGUUCUGCUUGCAGUGGGUGAUGGGUUUGCUGUUCUUCCUGUUUCCGGUUGCGUCGUUAUGGUUACGUGCCGCGUACCUCCCCAUCCACAUGUUCUGUGGUCUGGUUCUGGUAGUUAUGGCCAUAGGGAGCAGUCUGCUUGGCAUCACAGAGAAACUCCUCUUCAGCAUCAUGCCAACUUACCCUCUGUUUUCCCCAGAGGGGAUGCUGGCCAACAGUUUGGGGAUCAUGCUGGUGUGUUUUGGGGUGCUGCUCUGCUACCUGGUCUCCAAGGAAGAGUUCAGACGCCCACCUAACCCAGAGGAAGAGUCCCUAUCUGUGCACUUCAAGACCCUGACAGAGGGGGGGUCACCCACCACACCCUGAUCUCUGGGUCUGACUUCCGACACCUCCAGCAUAUAG